AUACAGGUUAUUUUCGUAACUAAAAUGGCGCUAACCGUCCCUUGCAAAAUUUCAGUAUUAUUUGCAAUCGGUGCAUAAUGGAGGAAAUGGAGACAAGGUUUUGAUAAGCAGAGAACUAGGGGAAUAAAGCGCUGGCAAGUUAUUCUCAUGUCAGCCCACUGAGCAGCCAUGUCUCAGAGGCUGAAGAGGCUUGCCGGGAAGCCUGAUGAUCCAGGCCCCAUGGGUAAGCGCAAACGUCGGAAACUGAGCGGCUCGGAGGAUGCCGACUCGCAGCAGCCGCAGCUGUCGGCUGCCGGCCACGGCUGGACGCCCAAACACCUCGGCGACCUGAAGGCCUACAACAAAAAGGCAGUGGAAAAGCCGGGGGAGCUGAUUCGCACGGACCUGAUCAGCGCGAUGAAGCUGGCCGACUCUGAGUACCUAUCGCCCGACGAGUACCUGGAGAUCGCCGACCAGUGGAAACAGGAGUGGGAGCGCGGCGUCCAGGUGCCCGUCAACCCGGACACGCUGCCGCACCCGCGCGUCAGCUGCGUGCCCGGACCGCCGCAGCGGCUGCACGACUUCAAACUGCCCAAGAAGCUGGUGCGUGUGACGCACGACGACUCGUCGCCGGAACUGUACCACAUGACCAACGCGCCGGCCAAGGCCGAGAAGAUGUGUCGCUACGACCUGGACGAGCAGGACUCUAUCUGGCUGGGCAUCUUCAACGGCGAGCGCGCCCGCAUGGGCCUGCCUGCCGUCUCCGACCUGGAGCUGGAGAGGGCCAUCGAGGAGCUGGAGCGCCAGUGCUGGAACCGGCUCCAGACUAUCGUCAAGACGCAGGAGUGCCUCAGCAUCGAGUUCGACGAGAGCGUUGUCUGCGACGUCUGUCGACAGCCCGACUCUGAGGAGGAGAACGAGAUGGUGUUCUGCGACAAGUGCAACAUUUGCGUCCAUCAGAUGUGCUACGGCAUCACCAGCAUCCCGGACGGAUCGUGGCUCUGCAAGACCUGCGCGCUCGGCAUCAAGCCAGAGUGUGUGCUCUGCCCUAAUAAAGGCGGCGCCAUGAAGAGCACCCGCUCGGGCCAUAAGUGGGCGCACGUCAGCUGCGCCCUCUGGAUCCCCGAGGUCAGCAUCGGCGACGUUGAGAAGAUGGAGCCCGUCACCAAGAUCUCCAACAUCUCGGCGCGUCGGUGGGCACUGCUCUGCGUGCUCUGUAAGCAGAAGGUCGGCGCGUGCAUCCAGUGCUCGGUCAAGUCCUGCAAGACGGCCUACCACGUCACCUGCGCGUUCAAGCACAACCUCAAGAUGAAGCCGGUCGAGGACGAGAGUGACGACGAUGAGAUUAAACUGAAGUCGUACUGUCCGAAGCACAGCAAGAACGAGAAGCUCUCCGGGGAGUCUGACUCGGACGGAGAGAUGCGCCGCGCCGACCCGGACUCGGAAGCCCAGCGGCGCACCAGGAAACAAAAGCUGCAGCAAAUCGAGGCCGAGUUCUACAAGCACGUGGACCUGAGGGGCGCCGCCGCCUCCUGCGGGCUGCCCACCGAGGCGCUGGACUUCAUCUACAACUACUGGAAGCUCAAGCGGAAGUCGUGCAACAACAAGGCGCUGCUGACACCCAAUACGGACGAGAUCGACCUGCGCACCGAGCAACAGCAGCAGGACCUCGAGAAGAUCAAACAGUUUGUCCAUAUCAGACAGAACCUGGAGAAGGUCCGAAAUCUGUGCUACAUGGUGACCAAGCGACAGAAGCAGUGCCGAAACUACUUCCGGCUGCGCGAGCAGACGUUCCUGCAGCAGGAGGCAGUGCUGCGCGACUCUGGCGCGCGCCUCUCGGUCGAGGAGCGACGCGCCGUGCUGGCCGCCAACCACGUCGGCUCGAACGUGUACGACCGGCACUACUCGCACGCGGGCGCCAGCCUGUACAGCCAACCGCUGGAGCAGCUGCUCGACCUGAUCCGCGGCAAGGGCGGCGUGCCGCGCUCGGGCCCCAACGGCGCCGUGCGCCGGCCCGGCGCCGCCGACCCGUACCGGCGCACCUACGUCAACGGCGCCGAGCAGCGGCGCGACCGGCUGGCCACCAGCAGCUGCACCAGCGAGUCGGACGGCGGCAGCAGGAGCCGCGAGCGGCGCUCGGCCCGCUCCGGCUCCAGCACCGAGCGAGAGCGGCGCCGACCGGUGAGUGGGGCCACGGCGGGCACCGCCAGCCAGCGGCCCACCAAGAGUGAUCUCUUCGGUGACACGAGUGAGAGUGACGCGGCGGCGAGCGUGGACAAACACCGGCGACCGGGCCGGCACAAGGCGCCGCCGCCGCCGCCGCGCGCCAAUAAGGCGGCCGACAGUAGUGACGACGACGUGCCGCUGGCGCACGAGAGCGCAGCGCGACGCGGCCGCGGCCGCGGGCGCCGGACCCGAGCGGCGGGCGGCGCGCGGGCGCCCGGUGCCAGUGACGAUGUGACGAGUGAUUCGGACUCGCGAGUGCCGUCGGCAGCGGCCGUCACCAAGGGCAAAAACAUUUACACCGACAGCGAGUCGGAGGGUGACGAGCGGCACCGAUCUACAUCGCCCGUCAGUGCAAUUCGUACCAAAGCGGCGCUCAAGGCGUUCACGGCGGUCAAGGCGGAGGCGGAGGAAACGCCGGCCGCCAGUGGCGGAAAGCGGCGCGGACGUAAGAAGAAGUCCGACGUGGAGUCGGCGACUGAGGCGGGCGGCGGCCGGAACAAGACGCCCAUCCCCGACCUCAGUCUGAUCGUGCCGCCGCGGCAGGCGAUGCUGGACGCCAACAAACGCAUCGCCGGACAGAAGCCAGCCGACGGCUCUGCGGCGGCGCUGGCGGUGGCGGGAGCUCCGGCCGCGCCGCCGCCGCUGGCCGCGCCUGAGCCGAUCACGCCCCAGAAGCGGGGUCGCGGUCGGCCACGCAAGUCUCCCGAGGGCCGGGCGGCGUCCAAGUCGCCGCGAGUGGGCGUCCCGGGCCGGGAGCCGCAGCGCGCCGCGCAGCCGGAGCCCGAGGACGAGGGCGCCGGCAACGAGGCGGUGGCGCGUGACACUCGACUGCGGCGGCCGGAAAAGCCGCCCUUUCGAGCAGGAGGGCGGUCGGGGCACAAUAGCAAAUCUACUCCGUCGCACGCAGUUGCGGCGACCGCUGAAGAUGCCGCUGCUGGACCGCCCUCGGUUCCGCAACAGCAGCGGCCAAGGAGUGCUGGCUCAUCCGGCUCCAGCAGUAGCAGCAGCAGCAGCAGCGGCUCCAGCAGCAGCAGCAGCGGCAGCAGCAGCUCCAGCAGCAGCAGCAGCAGUGGCAGCGGCAGCAGCUCUGACAGCGCCGACUCCGACGCUGAGGGCGCCGCCCAGUCGGCGGCUGCUGCGCGAGGUGAACGCGGCGCGGCUGGGCGAGCGCGAGCUGUUGCUGACGGUGCGCGCGCCGCCGCCGCCACCGCCGCGGCGGCCGGACCCGCAGCGCCGACGCGCCGACGCGCGUCGAUUGGAGGAGCAGGAGAAUCGAGCCAAGACACGCAGCAGCCAACAGCCAAGGAAGCUGCGCUCGGCGGACAGCGCAGUCCGCGUGCCGCCGAAACGGUGAGGAAGGUUCGUCCAAUGCCACUCAGUCGGAAGAAAGCGCUGGGGCUUGAGGGGCUCGACUCUGGCGGUGGGCGUGACGCCCCGGCCGAGACGCCUCGCCGAGCCUCGCGAGAGGCGGCCGCGGCCAAACCGCUCAAAGGCUCCAUCGACAGUAUCCUCAGCGAACGGUCGGCGGUCAAAACCGAGUCAACAGGCGGGUACAAGGCUGCCGAGGAGGCUCGCUCGGAGCGGCUCGAAGGUACUACCGACGAGCCGGCACCGGCGGCAGCGGCGGCGGCACCGGCCUCUCGGCGAGCCUCGACGGCCGUCGAUGCCGACUCGGAGGUGCUGCCCGCGCAGCCCUCGUCCAUCUUCUCACCGCCAAGGCUGAACGCCGGCGACCCCAUCUUCGAGUUCGAGACGGAGCUGUUCAGCGGCCAGAAGUCGGCGGCCGCGGCGCCGCCCGCCUCCUCCGCGGCGCCGGUCUCCACGGCCGCGCCCGCGGCGGUCACCACCACCAGCGCGGUCUCCGAGCAGCCGGCGGCGCCGACCGCUCGGCCGAUGCCGUCCAUGUUCUCGCCGCCGCGGCGGCCGAGCACCUCUGGCGACUCGGCGAUCGAGCCGGAGAUCGUGGACCAGAAGCCGCCGGCGGUCUCCCGGCCGGCGCCGCGUGCGCCGGUUAUCAUGGAGACCAAGGAGGAGAGCCAGCAGGUGACGAUGGACCUGGUGGAGAAGCUGCGCCUGCAGUACGCCCAGCAGGGCCCCGACGAGCGGCCAGAGGAGAAACCGGCCGCCGCCAAGACACCGAGCACGCCGAGCCGCGGCGGGCCCGGCGACACUCCGACGCACGGCGAGCCGUCCAAGUGGCGGCCGCUGGCGUCUGCGGCCGAGUCGGAGCCGCCAGCCGAGCGGCCCGUCGAGCCCAGCCCGACGGCGGCCCCCGGCUUCCCGUCGCCGCCGUGCAGCGCGGCCGGCCUGCUGCCGCCGCCGCGCGGCCUCGGCUCCGUCAGCGUGCGCACGCCGGCCAGCAUCAACGCCGCCAACCCGAUGCCGUCGCCGUACGGCCAGUUCACCGACAUCAUGCAGAUGCAGCACAUGAUGAUGAUGCAGCAGAUGCUGCCCGAGGGCCAGCUGCGCGAGCUGAUUCAGAUGCAGCAGUGGCCGGAGCUGUUCCAGAUGCAGCAGCAGCAGUACCUGAUGCAGCAGCAGGACGCCGAGGCGGACCUGAAGCGGCGCAAGGAGGCUGAGAUGCAGGAGCUACGGAAACAGGCGGAGCGGCACAGUCGGCAGGAGGAGGCCAGGAAAGAGGCCGAGGAGCGGCGCCGGCGCAGCGAGGAGGACCGCCGCCGCCGCGAGGAGGAGGAGCGGCUCGCGCGAGAGGAAGAGGAGCGACGCUGCUACGAGGAGGACCUGCGGCGGAGGAAGGAAGAGGAAGACCGCCGCCGGAGAGAGGAGGAGGAGCGGCUGGCUCGUGAGGAAGAGGAGCGGCGCCGGUUUGAGGAAGAGCUCCGCCGACGCAAAGAAGAGGAGGAGCGGAGGAUGCGUGAGGAGGAGGAGCGGCGCAGACGCGAGGAGGAGGAGCGCCGGCGGCGCGAGGAAGAGGAGGAGAAGCGGAUGCGGGAGCUGCAGGAGAUGAUUCGCCGCCGGGAGGAGGAGCGUGUGGCCGCGUUCAUGGCCGAGCAGGAGGCGGAGCUGCGCCGCUCGCUGGCGCCGCCGCCUCCCCGUGCCCCUCCCCCGCCGCCCGCCGAGAAGCCGGCUGAGCGCGUCAAGGAACCGCACCGCCCGCCGAUGUCGGCGGCCGACCUGGACCAGUGCCGGCUGCAGGCGCUCAACGCGCUCAUCACCGGCCAGCAGGAGCAGCAGCAGCCGCCGCCGGCGUCCGUCCACCAGCCGGUGUCCAUGCACCAGCAGCACCCCUCCGUGUCCCUGCAGCAGCAGGCGGCGCCACCCUCCCACCACCCUCAGCCGCCGCUGGCCGCGGUCUCCCUCCACCAGCCGCAGCAGCCGGCGCCCGUGUCCCUUCAUCAGCAGCAGCCCACUCCUGUGUCCCAUCAUCAUCAUCAGCAGCCCACCCCUGUGUCCCUCCACCAGCAGCGGCAGCUGCCGCCCGCGUCCCUCCACCAGCAGCCGCCCGUGUCGCUCCACCAGACGGCCCCGCCGGUGUCGGCGCACCAGCCACUUCCAGUACAAUCGCAGCCGCCGCAGGAGGCCGCCGCCGACGUGCAGGCGCCUAAGUCUCGGCUGCAGAGCCAGCCGUCGGCGCAGGAGCUGGUCUCCGAGUUCCCGCGUGUGGGGCCGGCGCCGGAGCCGAUCGGCGCCGAGCAGCCACCGGCCGCUUCCACCCCGUCACUGCCGCCGCCGGCAGCCGCCGAGCCGGCCGCGCCGGCACCACCGCCAGAGGCCGAGCCGGCGCCCGUCCGAUCCCGCGGCCGACGAGAGUCCAGUCUCAAGGCCAGCAUGCAGAUUCACAAGAUGCAGUCGUCGGACGCCGGCGAAAACGACGCGGACUCGGAGGCAGCGACCCCGGCGCGGCGCGCCUCCGCGGCUCGUCACGUCUCGCCAGGAAAAAGCCCGCGCGCCUCCGAGAGCAAGCCGCCGGGCCGCGGCCGGCGCGGCGGCAAGUCGGCGGCCACUCAGGCGGUGUACGGCCGUGGUCGUGGUCGGGGACGGGGCCGGGGUCGCGGCAGAGGCGCGGCGGCGUCCCGUACUCCCGCUGUGCCCUUCUGCCCCAAACCGCAGGUGCCCAACGACCUGGCCGGCACCGUGUACGACUUCGACGACGACGAGCUGGACGACCUGCCCAAGACGCCGCACGGCCGCAUGCGUCCGAUCCGGGAGCGGUUCCAGAGCACGGACGUCGGCUCAGACCGUGCCGGCUCGGUCAUGUCUGAGCUGGCCGACGACGCGUCCAGUCAGUCGUCGCUGCCGCCGGCGGCGCCGAUGCCUCAGGUGCUGCCCACGCUGACGCAGCCGGGCGCCUCCGAGACCAGCAUGGAGUCGGUGGCGACGCCGCCGACGCUGCACGAAGCUACCGCUGAGGCCGAGACCGAGCCGGAGGCGGAGGCCAGCGCGCCGGCGGCCGAGGCUCCCAGCGUGACGGACGCGCCGCCCGAACUGCCCGUGGCAGCGCCCAUCGAAAGCGUCUGCGACGAGCGCAACCAGCUCAAGCUGAAGAUCAAGGGCCCGUUCCUGAACCCGAGCUACAACGUGCAGCCGGCGGCGGCGGCGCCCGAGUCGGCGCCGGCCGCGGCCGCCUCGGCAGCCGCUGUGGCGGUCAACUCCAACCUGCGCAAACGCAAGAAGGAGCUGAUUCGGCAGUACGUCAACAGCACGGAGACGGUGGAGCCGGCGCCGCCCGCGCCGCCUCAGGAGGACAGCGCGCCGGUCGGCCAGCGCUUCGUUUGCCCCAAGGCGGUGAAAUCUGUGAGCAGCGCGCCCACCCGGGACGACUACCGCGGCCCGGCCGCCGGCCGGGAGGAGGGCGCGGCCUCCGGCGCCGCGCUGCUGCCCAAGCGGCGCGGAAGGCAAGCCCGCGAGCAGGCCGCCGCCGCCUCCCAGGAGACCUCGCCCAACAUACUGCGCAUCAGCUUCGGAAAGGACGGCCGUGGCAACGAGGUCAAGCCGCCCAAGAAGCGGCCUGGCGAGCUGGCACAGCCGGCCGGCGAGCUCUCCGUCUUCGAAAAGAUCCGGCAAGAUAACCUGCAAUACGGCGAUCAAAUGCUAGCCAGCUUUGAUCAAGAGCCUCCUCCACACAAAAAGGGCAAAAAGAAGAAGAAAAAGAAGGAGAAGGACAAAGAUAAGGACAAGGAUCGAGAAAAGGAGAAGAAGAAAAAGGACAAGUCUCACAAACACUCCAAAGUACAAAUUAUCAAUAACGAUACUGCCGCGGCGCCCAAGCUGAUAAUCAAGCUGGGCGGUCGCAAGUUGGGCGAGUCUCCGCCGGCGCCCGCGGAGCUCGGCGAGACGCCUCCGCCGCCGCUGUCGCAGCCAACCCCGCCGCCCAGCGACGAGAACGGCGGCGGCGGCCCCAAGGACCUGGUGGUGAAGAUAAAGACGCAGCCGGCCGGCGGCGGCGAGCCGGGUCGCCUGCAGCCGCUGAAACUGAUGCUGUCGCGGCGCGGCGCGGCGCUGGCGGCGGCCGCCACGCCGCCCCCGCCCACGCUCACGCCCGAGGUGGGCGGCGACCUGGGCGGCGACGGCUGCGACGUCAGGUAGCGUCGGCUCGUGCCGCCGCCGCCACCAGCCUGACCGGUACAAAGGGUCGGCGCGCCGCCGGCCGCCGCCGCCGCCGCCGCCGCUGCCCGCAAGUGAUGUGAUACUCGCGCGGUCGGGCCGCGGCCCGCAGUAGCCUCACGCACAGCCUCCGCCCGCCGCCGGCCGCCGUCUAUUUUGUGAUAUGCGCCUCAAUGUGCGUUGAGUGUGUUGUUUUAGAAUUUAUCAUGCCGAGCGUUAGUGCGUCUGUAUGUGUGACUGUGCUGUGUGUGUCUGUGUGCGUGGGAGGGUGUGUGCCAGUGCCGGUCGUGCGGGCGGCCCCAAUAAGUGCUCCGUCAGGACGGCUCGGCCUCUGGCCGCGCCCGCCGGACAUUCCUGUGUUCCCGAGUGCGGAGUCGCCGGAUCGGUUGUCGCCGCGCGCGCUGACGCUGUGCCUCUGUCUCCCGUGCCAGCCUCCUGCCUCCGCUCCUGACUGCCGCGCGAUGGCCUCCUGCCGUCCCAGCCCUGACCUGACCCUAGUCACCGUCUCCGCCGCCGCGGCCGUCACCGCCGCCGCCGCCGCCGCCAGCCGCCACCACACCAGGUACG